AUGCAGAGUUCGGUCUCCUUAGCAUUACUUCGUGACUGGAACUAUAGAACUAUCGCCUAUUGAUCUGUUCUAAUUGUUGAUGUCGAUGAACUUCGAGAAUCUAACAAACUGUGCAGGGAACUGAAGUGUCGAUUGACCAGUAAAAUACGUCGAGGCAUCCCUCUAUUGUAAUCGUUUAUCCAAUGGCUGUUUGUCGCAUGAUGAUGUUUAAACAUGGCGACAAGCAAAGACAGAAAACGAAAAAAUAAUGAAAAAACUACAAAACACUUGUCUAUAUUUUACGGAAAGACGUGGAUAAUAAUCUUGGCUAUUUUCCUCGCGCCUCUCCACCACAUUCAUGUAUCAACACUUUUUGAAAAUGAUCGACACUUCUCUCACUUGUCUGAGGUGGAAAGAGAGAUGUCCUUCAGAACGGAAAUGGGGAUGUAUUAUUCUUAUUACAAAACUAUUGUUGAGUCUGAAACAUUCUCUGAAGGAUUACAUAAGAUUAGGCACGACAACUUGACCGAAUAUCCAAACACUAUCAAUGCUAUUAAAAAAUUCAACUUGUUUCCAGAGGUUGCGAUCGGUCUACUGUAUCACAAUUUCAAAUGGCUUGGUCUGAUCCCAGCACGAUUAUGCUGGCAGAUUGAACGAGGAGAAGGUUUGUCUCCUGUGACAAGCUGUGAAGGCCUAGGGGAGCCAAUCUAUUUUUACUUAGAAGUUGUUUGGUAUUGUGCCUCUGCUACAGUGGCAGUACUCUUUCUGUAUGCCGUCAACCUAAGUGAUUCCAUCUAUGGCGGUCUAAUAGCAGUCGCGUUGUUCUUCUACAAUCAUAACGACUGUACCAGAGUUCAAUGGACGCCACCGUUACGUGAAAAUUUUGCUUACCCUAUAUUACUGUGCCAGAUGUUUAACGUAACAGCUAUAUUGAGGCAGUAUACGAAGAAUCGAAAAAUCAUCUGGAACGACAUUUAUCAAGAUACACCAAGCAGGGACAUGGUUAUGUGCACCCUGCUGAGUUUGCUCUGCUGGCAAUUUUCGCAAUUCGUAUUUGCUACUCAGCUAUUUGCGCUAUUGAUAUUGAAGUGGUUGAAAAUAAUUCCCAAUGAACUCUACCUGAAACUGUGUCUUAUACACGCUGUGCCAGUAACCAUUUUUAUUUUCUGGACACAGAGCAAUUUGCUUCUUUGUUCCUUGUACACUUGCAUGUUGAUUGCAAGUACUAUUUGCUCUGUUUUGAGCACCAAGCUACCGCGUACUAUAGCGCUGCCUCUUGACGUUGUCAGCACUAUAUUUGGGAUGCAAUUUUUGAAAUUUUUUUUGUUAAACUCAGAUGACGAUGCACAUGUUUUUGAUAUUUUACUGUCAAAGUUUACUAAUUAUAAAACGUUUCACACAAUGUUGUAUACUUGUUCUAGUGAAUUUGACUUUUUGGGGUAUGACACUUACGAAGCCAUAGUAAAAACGUUUCUCUUACCAACAGUCAUAAUGUCGGGUGUUUUAGUUUUGUACUAUUGGUACAGAUGUUUCAAUACAGACGGUUUUCCCAAUUGUAUCGAAAUGGAUGUCGCCUAUAAUGUACUGCAAACAGGAGCAUUCGUAAUUAUGGCAAUUCUGAUAAUGCGGUUGAAACUUUUCAUGACACCACAUCUCUGUAUCAUGGCCAGUUUAGUAACAAGCAAACGAUACUUAGAAAAAGUUGAAAUCCGGAACCCAAAUAUUCGUGCCUCUUUAUUGGUUCUACUAUUUGCGUCUAUGUCGUAUACUGGAGUCCAGCGUCUUUACGAAGAACAUGGAUUCGUUGGUGAAUACAGUAAUAUUGAACAAGAACAACUACUAGACUGGAUACAGAAAAAUACACCAAGCAACGCUGUAUUUGCUGGUAAAAUGUCAUUAAUGGCAAAUAUUAUGCUGUCUACUAGAAGGCCUAUUGUUAAUAAUCCGUAUUACGAAGACAAAGAGAUGAGAGAUCGUACCUUGAAGGUGUAUGAGAUAUUCAGUAGAAAAGAUGUUUCCACAGUUUAUGAAACUUUGAUGGAAAUGAAGGUUGACUACGUUGUUAUGGAAGAAACGUACUGCUACGAUGCCGGUAACCCAAAGCUUGGAUGCAAAAUCACGGAUCUAUGGGACAUGGUGGACAAACGUAAUCAAAGGAGACCGUCGGUGUGCCCGAUUUUGUGUCGAGGAAACUCAUAUCCAUUUCGAAGAGUAUUUGUGAAUGGCCGUUACAUUGUAUUGCGUUUAGAACGAUCCAUGUCUGUUGAAUUAAAACCGAAAAUCACGGAGCAUUACCAAUUCUGAAUUCGUGAAUUCAGAUAGGAAGGUAUUCUAAUCUGAGUGGCUAUGAAAGCAGAAAAUUUAAGAACCCUGAUAUGAUCGGGAAAUUUUGUGACUUGAAAAAAAUAGGGAAUUGUUGAAAUUCGUUCUGUGGUAAAGUUAUUUAGGAAAUUGUACGUAACAGUACCUUAAUAGUUUAGCCACAUAGGAUUCUCAGUUCCAACCAAAGUUAGCGCUUAAUUGACAAUGUUGCUUUUUGUUGAUUUUUAAAAAAAUUCCAACUUGACUAUUUUCAACAUCUUUUACGAUGAACAUUUACUGUGAGUUUAGGUAGAGAAAUCAUUGAGUUCUGACUGGAAAAUCUAAAGAAAUCAGGAAAUUUCUAAUCUCAUUCUUUAUCAGCACUCGGUUGUUAAAAAACCAUGCAACUGAGUCAUUUUCGAAUAACGUUACAUCGGGGUGUGGACCAUGUUUGAUAAAACGACGUUAAAAACAUUUGGUUUUCGUUUAAAAAAAUGUGUCGAUGAAUGCAAAAUACAGAGUGAUUGUCGUUUCAAUUAAGAAUUAUAAUAAAUCUAUACAUAUAUUCAAUCAUGAGAGUCAAAAGUUAUUAGAAAUGAUUGUUAAGUUUUUUUUAUGUACCAAAAAAUAUUAAUUAUAGAGGUAACGUAUGCAACUGUAGAGGGCAAGGGUGAGGGGGGGAGGGGAGGCCUGGGGUUUUCCAAAUAAAUUCUCUUAUCAGUUACUUUUUGUCUGGCCUUUGCAAUAGUCUUUGUUUAAAAAAAAAUUAAGGACACGUAAGAACGAAUUAUAUCUAAUUUGGCGUUCAUUGUGUGUAUUUGAGAGAUAAAAAAUUGCCGAACACGAAGCAAUUACUCAGAUUCCUUGUGACAACAUUUUUAACUUUGACAGUAUCUAAUAAAUAAUCGUUUCACGCAAACCAGUUCCUCGUAAAUGUCUGUGAAAGUUAAGGUAGAAGUACUUCCUCAAUUCUCGGACGUAUAGUAUUAUAAAGAAUGGUUGUUCUUCCUGCCGAAGAGUUCUUCGGAUACAAGUACAUCUUCCAUAGGCUAGAGACAAGAUAUGCCAAAUGUUAGAUAAAGUGAUCUUGCCGAAAGCGUAUUACAAAUCUUAAUAUAUGGUAACUGUCAACAAAUUAUGUGGAAAAAAUUCGUCGGUAUAUAAUCAAUUUUAUAGAGAGUUGGUCAAUAACUUGCGACGAAAAUAUUUUUUUUGUAUAUAAUUAAGUGUACUAUAAAUGGAACCGUAUAAAAUUAGAUAGUUGUUCGGUAAUCGGUAAAGGAGAAAAGAAAGGAAAACUUUAAUCAAUCAAGGAUUGUAAUAAUCGUGUUAUAAUUAUAGUGGGAAUGCUUAAUAAUUAGUGUUGAUAUUAAUAAAUAUUUUUAUUCAAACUAGUUACGUCUUUGCAGGAUGCACCUACUUCUGGUAAUUUAAUUUUAGUUUUAUCUAUGUUCACCUACCAAGCCAUGCAACUGCUGUAUUAAAGGGCCGCUGUGCUAUAUUACCUAUAGUUAUUAGGGUCAACAACCCUAAUCAUGUACAUGACACAGGGUUUCAAUAACUCAUUUCCAGCAGCAUGCGUCAUCUUGAACCUGGAUUUCUGAUCCUGCUGUUGUAUGAUUUUUCCUCAAUUACCCAACGGUGUUGAUACAUAAGUGUCAAUAUUUCUUUCAGAUCCAAUAAAAGUUCAUUUUGUUCUCA